UGUGCUGGCGGUGGCUGGCUGUGUGUGUGAAUGUCUUUUGCCAUGGCGCAGCGUGAGACAGGCGGCACCAGCCCGGUGGUCCGGCAGAUAGACAAACAGUUCCUGGUCUGCAGCAUCUGCCUGGACCGCUACCACAACCCUAAAGUACUGCCCUGCUUACACACCUUCUGUGAGAACUGUCUACAGAACUACAUCCCCCCAGAGUCUCUGACGUUGUCGUGUCCUGUGUGUCGACAGACGUCCAUCCUACCAGAGAAAGGAGUGUCCGCUCUACAGAACAACUUCUUCAUCACUAACCUCAUGGAGGUCCUCCAGAGGGAUCCAGGGGGUUCGAGGCUUGAAGCCUGUAGUGUCCUGGAGUCAGUUAAUGCUGCUGCUGCAGGGAAACCCCUGUGCUGCCCCAACCACGGGGGCAAGGUAGGGUUCUAUUACCACUAUCACCCCUCUACUACCCCUCUACUGCCCCAACCACGGGGGCAAGGUAGGGUUCUAUUACCACUAUCACCCCUCUACUACCCCUCUACUGCCCCAACCACGAGGGCAAG